AUGACGAUAGAUGGAGCUGCUGGUUCCAUGACGAUAGAUGGAGCAGCUGGUUCCAGGACGAUAGAUGGAGCUGCUGGUUCCAUGACGAUAGACAGAGCAGCUGGUUUCAUGACGAUAGAUGGAGCUGCUGGUUCCACGACGAUAGAUGGGGCUGCUGGUUUCAUGACGAUAGAUGGGGCUGUUGGUUUCAUGACGAUAGAUGGAGUAGUUGGUUCCACGACGAUAGAUGGGGCUGUUGGUUUCAUGACGAUAGACGGAGUAGUUGGUUCCACGACGAUAGAUGGGGCUGCUGGUUUCAUGACGAUAGAUAGAGCUGCUGGUUCCAGGACGAUAAAUGGGGCUGCUGGUUUCAUGACGAUAGACAGAGCAGUUGGUUCAAUGACGAUAGACAGAGCAGUUGGUUCCAUGACGAUAGACAGAGCAGUUGGUUCCAUGACGAUAGAUGGGGCUGUUGGUUCCACGACGAUAGAUGGAGCAGCUGGUUCCAGGACGAUAGAUGGAGCUGCUGGUUCCAUGACGAUAGACAGAGCAACUGGUUCCAUGACGAUAGACAGAGCAACUGGUUCCAUGACGAUAGACAGAGCAGCUGGUUCCAGGACGAUAGAUGGUUCCAUGACGAUAGAUGGGGCUGCUGGUUCCAGGACGAUAGAUGGGGCUGCUGGUUCAAUGACGAUAGAUGGAGCAGCUGGUUCCAGGACGAUAGAUGGAGCUGCUGGUUCCAUGACGAUAGACAGAGCAACUGGUUCCAUGACGAUAGACAGAGCAACUGGUUCCAUGACGAUAGACAGAGCAGCUGGUUCCAGGACGAUAGAUGGUUCCAUGACGAUAGAUGGGGCUGCUGGUUCCAGGACGAUAGAUGGGGCUGCUGGUUCAAUGACGAUAGAUGGAGCAGCUGGUUCCAUGACGAUAGACAGAGCAGCUGGUUCCAGGACGAUAGACAGAGCAGCUGGUUCCAUGACGAUAGACAGAGCAUCUGGUUCACUCGAUGAUAUAACGACUCAGGCUAACGGACUGACUGGCUACUUAACAGACCAAAAGACUGGCGAAUUCACUCAUUAA